AUGCCCCUAAUGAAACAUGCAGGAGAAGUUUACACUCCUUUAAUCUUUGGCUUAGUUCAGGAUGAGUACACAUGCAUUGGUUCUUGCUACAUAAAAGGGAAGGAUGACAGUAAUAGCUUGCAUAAGUAUGAUGUUGGUAUUCAUGGUUCAGAUGUGGAAUUUAAGGUUGUGUGUAAUCCAUCCGAGUUUAUUGUUGAAUGCAGCUGUAGAAAAUCUGAGACAUUUGGUAUCCUAUAUCGUCAUGCUUUGAAAAUUUUUGAAAGGUUAGAUAUCACGUUAAUUCCUGAAGCUUAUGUUUUAAGUAAAUGGACACGUGUAGCAAGAAGCAUGACAGUGGAAGAUAUCAAGGGAAUACAAAUUGAGGAAGAUGUUAAUUUGGACUUUACAAAGCGUUAUAGAAUUCUUUGUCCUAAACUAGUAAAGAUUGCAUCACAAGCAUCUAAUUCAGCAGAGGGAUAUGCAUUGGUGAGCAGUGUUGCCAAUGAUUUGUGUAAACAGUUAGAUAAUCUUCAAAUUGGGAAUCCAAUUCCAACUCGAGAUGAGUCAACUGAGGAGCAUAAUGUGAAUAUUGCGAAAGGGCUUAAAAAGAAAGAGAAGAAGAAGAAAGAGGGCUAA